GCCUUGCCACAGUUAACCAACCGAUCCUAACCAUAGCAUAUAUCCCAUAGUUAAUCGACAACGGAUUAGCGCUAAGCCCUCUAUUUUGUGGGCAGGUGCAAAGCUAAGCUAAUUAAACGGUGAACUGCUGUAUUCACGUCAAUAGUAAUCGCGAAAACCAACAUAAUUCAAAGCAAUUUGCUCACCUCAGCGUGGAAUUCGCGAUUGCGCACUCGAAAUUGGUGGAUUGUAAAUACGGUGUUUAAGUACCGCCAGGGAAUACGAAUACCCCUCCGGCCCCUUCACCAAAAACUUUACAAAUAAAAGUGAAAGAACCACAUUGUAUUCGCAAACAAACUGUUGAUUAAUCGACGGGAGAAAGGAUACUCGCUUGAAGCCACCAUGUUUAGGGCACAAGAUCUUUUGCUCUUGGCCCUUUUGGGAUUCGUCCCAAGUGCACUUGGGCUAAAAGUUUCCUCUGGCUAUCAUAUAGUCCACAAUCCUCAACCAUCUUUUCAACACAACUAUCAUGGAUUUAGUUACCUUCAAGGCUCAGCUCCAUAUGUGAUUGGGAAUAGCCUGCCCACUUCUCCGGCUGCCCUGAAUCCAUUUUCAUCGCCGGCAAGUGCUCCGGUAUCAGCUUAUGGCUACAGUUUUCCCACUGCCGGUCAGGUGGCAUGUGCUGCUCCUCCGGCAAUUUGCGAGAAGACUGCUUACCGCACUUUGGACGGUUCCUGCAAUCACUUGGAACGUCCUGGCUUGGGAGUGGCCAACUCCAGGUAUGGUCGUCUGGUGACACCCAAAUACGCCGAUGGUAUAUCGGCACCCACUAGGUCGGUGACAGGAGACGAACUGCCCAGUGCUCGCCUGGUUUCCUUGGUGGCUUUUGGAGAACAGGAUGUGCCCGAUCCAGAGUUUACGCUGCAUAACAUGCAGUGGGGUCAGAUCAUGACCCACGAUAUGAGCAUGCAGGCAGGAGGAACUCAGUCGAAGAAGCAUCCCACUCGUUGCUGCACCGACGAUGGACGUCUGAUUGGCCUGGACACCGCCCACAAGACCUGUUUCGCCAUCAUUGUGCCUCCCCACGAUCCGGCCUACUCCCAGGUGGGCACCGAGUGCCUCAAUUUUGUGCGCACCCUAACGGAUCGGGACUCGAAUUGCCAGUACCGCGGCGGUCCGGCGGAGCAGAUAACAGUGGUUACCUCGUACCUGGAUCUCUCACUGGUCUACGGCAAUUCCAUUCAGCAAAACAGCGAUAUUCGUGAGUUCCAAGGCGGUCGGAUGAUCGUGGAGGAGCGCAACGGGGCCAAGUGGCUGCCACUUUCCCGGAAUGUCACCGGCGAUUGUGAUGCCGUGGAUGCCAGCGAAGUGUGCUACCGAUCCGGAGAUGUGAGGGUCAACCAGAAUCCGGGACUGGCCAUUCUGCAGACGAUCCUGCUGCGGGAGCACAACCGCAUUGCAGAUGGUUUGUCGGCCCUGAAUCCGCACUAUGACGAUCGCACGCUGUUCCAGGAGGCUCGCAAGAUCAAUAUUGCCCAGUAUCAGCAGAUCAGCUACUACGAAUGGCUUCCCAUCUUCCUGGGCGGCGAGAACAUGCUUAAGAACCGACUUAUCUACAAGGCUCCGUCUGGCAACUAUAUCAACGACUUCGAUCAUAACAUCGAUCCAUCGGUGCUGAAUGAACAUGCCACGGCCGCUUUCAGAUACUUCCACUCGCAGAUUGAAGGUCGUUUGGACCUUCUGUCCGAGCUGCGACAAGUUUUGGGAUCCCUGACCCUCAGCGACUGGUUCAACCGCCCCGGCAUUAUCGAGGUGGGAGACAACUUUGACUCGCUGACCAGAGGACAUGCCACACAGCCCGAGGAACUGACGGAUAUCAACUUUGACAGACAGAUUAAGCACUUCCUGUUCAGAAGAAACAUGCCUUUCGGUUCGGAUCUGCGAUCCCUGGACAUUCAGCGCAAUCGCGAUCAUGGUUUGGCCUCCUACAAUGAUAUGAGGGAGUUCUGCGGACUGAAACGUGCCCACUCGUGGGAGGAAUUCGGUGACCUGAUCAGUCCCCAGAUUCUGGAAAAUCUAAAGUCCCUAUACGUGAGUCACGAAGACGUGGAUUUGACUGUGGGAGCCUCGUUGGAGGCCCAUGUGGCCGGCGCUUUGGCUGGACCCACCUUCCUCUGCAUCCUCACCGAACAGUUCUACAGAACGCGAGUGGGCGAUCGGUUCUUCUUCGAAAACGGAGACAAGCUCACUGGAUUCACUCCUGAACAACUUGAAGAGCUGCGUAAGGCAAGUAUGGCCCGUUUGCUAUGUGACAAUGGCAACCACAUUUCAUCUAUGCAGCCUGAGGCUUUCAGAACUGUUUCCCAUUCGAAUCCCAUCAUGCCGUGCUCGAAUAUUCCAGUAGUCGACCUCACCAAGUGGAUUGAUCAAAAGCCAUAUGCCGCGGCAGAUCCGUCUCAUUACGGAAAGAAGUGAUCCCUAGCGAUCUAUUAUUAACUAGUUAAAUACAAAUACCUUUAGCUUAAUCAGUAACAUAAAUGUAAAUGCAAUUCCCACUCCCCCUUGUAUGAUAAUUCCCCAAACUGAUGUACAGAAAUAAAGCCCU